AUGGAGGCGGCCUGGCGCCAGGGCGGCCGGGGCAGGGGCCGCGCCCGGCCCGGGGACGGGCUCGCCGCCCGCGGCGGGGCGGCCGCGCGGCCGCCGGCCCCCAAGGCCCGCGGCGGCGCCUUCGCCUCGGCCGCGGGGAGCAGCUGCGAGGGGGCCAAGGAAUUAUCUUCGCAGAGAAAAUUUGAUGAAAUUAAGAAGGCUAAUCAAGCUGCAGCAAAAAAGCUGGUUGAAGACCAAUUUAGUUCUUCAUCUGAAGAUGAUGAUGAAGAUGCUGAAGGAAAACAGGGAAAGAUUUUGGCCAAAACAUUUACUGUUUACACCAGUCAAACUGAUGGAGAUGCAAGUGAACUGGAACGUACAAGACAAUACGUGAAUGAGGCUUUUCAGUCUGGGGCUAUGACAUGUCUGAUCUGCAUUGCUUCAGUUAAAAGGAACCAAGCUGUCUGGAGCUGUUGUGGAUGCUUUUGUAUAUUUCACUUGCCAUGUAUCCAAAAGUGGGCCAAGGACAGCCUUUUCCUUGUGUCUUCUCCUUUGACAGAUGAUGAUUUUGGAAAGAAAGAUUAUCCUUGGCCGUGUCCAAAAUGUAGGUUUGAAUACAAACGAUCUGAAACUCCUACGAGGUAUUACUGUUAUUGUGGAAAAGUAGAGGAUCCAGCACUGGACCCAUGGCUGGUACCUCACUCCUGUGGUCAAGUAUGCGAGAGGGAAUUCAAACCUUCUUGUGGGCAUAAAUGUUUGCUGCUUUGUCAUCCAGGACCCUGUCCACCUUGCCCAAAGAUGGUCACAACAACAUGUUACUGUAAGAAAGCUAAGCCAGUGCCCCGAAGAUGCAGUGCCAAGGAAUGGUCGUGUCAUCUGCCAUGUGGACGAACAUUGCCAUGUGGACAACACACUUGUGAGAAUCCUUGUCACUCAGGAAAUUGUAAGCCUUGUCCACGAGUCAGUAAACAGCAGUGCAUUUGUGGAAGGCAAACAGCGGAAAGACUUUGUGCAAGUCCUCAGUGGCAGUGUGAUCAGGUGUGUGGGAAAACUUUGCCUUGUGGUAAUCACACAUGUGAACAAGUUUGUCAUGCUGGUCCCUGUGGAGACUGCCCUCGUUCUGGAAAGAGGUCCUGUCCAUGUGAAAAAUCAAAGUUUACCUUGCCCUGCACGGAAGAUGUACCUACCUGUGGUGAUAGUUGUGACAAAGUUCUAGAAUGUGGCAUCCAUAAAUGCUCACAGCGCUGUCAUCGAGGUCCCUGUGAAAUAUGCAGACAGGAAGUUGAGAAACAGUGUCGUUGUGGAAAGCACACUAAACGCAUGCCAUGUCAUAAGCCAUAUCUGUGUGAGACAAAGUGUACUAAAAUUCGUGAUUGCCAAAAGCACCAAUGUAAGAGAAAGUGCUGUUCUGGAAACUGUCCGCCUUGUGAUCAAGUCUGUGGGCGGACUCUAGGCUGCAGAAAUCACAAAUGUCCUUCUGGCUGCCACAGAGGUAGUUGUUAUCCAUGUCCAGAGACUGUAGAUGUGAAGUGCAACUGUGGAAAAACUGUCAUUAAAGUGCCCUGUGGCAGAGAGCGUACCACCAAGCCUCCCAAAUGCAAACAACUGUGCAGUCGACCACCUACCUGUCACCACCCUACCCAGGAGAAACACUACUGUCACUUUGGUCGAUGUCCUCCAUGUUGUCAGGCCUGCCAGAAAACGUUAACGUGUGGUCAUUUGUGCCCUGUUUCUUGCCAUGAUGAAGCACUUGUGAAGCAGACUGGCUUGCAUCAGCCUGCAGGCCCUUGGGAACAGCCAUCUGAACCAGCUUUUAUUCAAACUGCAUUACCGUGCCCUCCCUGUCAAGUUCCUAUAUCAGUGGAGUGUCUUGGACAGCAUGAGGUUAGCCCACUACCAUGUCAUUCUGCAGGUCCCUACUCAUGUAAAAGACUUUGUGGGCGACUUCUUGAUUGUCGGAAUCACACCUGUAUGAAAGAAUGUCAUUAUGUUACUAAAAUCAACAGUAAUGCAGAUGGAAAGAAGGCAGGUCCAGAAUGUUUGCAAUGUGAAGAAGAGUGUACCAAACCACGGCCGUCUGGCUGUCCUCACCGAUGUGUUUUACCCUGUCAUCCAGGGGAUUGCCCACCAUGCCUUCAAAUGCUUAAAAUAAAGUGUCACUGCAAACUGUCAAUACUGUAUAUUGAAUGCUUAAAAGUAACUUGUGCUGAUUUAAAAGAAAAGGAUCUUCUUAUUUCCUGCAAAAAUCAGUGUCCAAAAGAGUUGCCAUGUGGUCACCGAUGUAAAGAGAUCUGCCAUUCAGGGGACUGUCCUCUGAACUGCAACCAGAAGGUUAAACUCCGAUGUCCCUGUAAGAGAUUGAAAAAGGAAUUACAGUGCAGCAAGAUACGAGAAGGCCAGGUUUCACUAGAAUGUGAUGGGUUAUGCAAGGAAAUGAAACGGAAGGCGUCUGAGCUGCUCAUCAUUUCUGUAUCUGGACAGAUAAAAGAAGCUGAAGCCAAAGCUGCUAUUGAGGAAGAGAAACGAAGACAGCAGGCUGAACUGGAAGCUUUUGAAAACAGGUUAAAAGGACGAAGAAAGAAUAAGAAGAGAAAGGAUGAAGUAGAAAUUGAGCAAUCAUCAUGGCAGAAGUAUAAGAACCUCAUUAUGCUGCCAGUGUUUGGAGUUGCUGUUGUCAUGCUUGCAUGGCUCAUGGUCUACAAUGACUGAAAUGACUCUUAAGUAUUUAAUAUACCUCAGUGGGGCUCUAGGUAGCUAUUACUGUUAUAAUGUUAGUCUGUGUAUACUAGAACUUAAUAUGCAUAGAGUCUGUAUGUAUGUAUACUAUUUGCCAAAAAAGUAGAGGGUUAGGAAGGAGUGUCACCUUUUGUGUUACUACAUUCACAGCACAAAGCUGAAUUCAGACACUGAGAGUAAAGAAAUAAUAGGUUUUAGUCUACACUAAAGUGCUGAUGUAACUUAUCUGGCUGAAAUCUGUUAACAUUUAUUUUAUUAUACUGUUACCUUACUGUCUCUUGUCUCCAUUCCACAAUAUUAAGAGUAGCUUAGAAUAAAAUGCUUUACUGAAUGUUUCUUUCCAGUAAAAUAAAUUUAGUGUUUUGUUAAA